AUGCGCCCAUCUGCCGGACCUGCAGGCGCGACCUCUGAGCCCGUCGUCUGGGUGCGGGAGUUGGCCCGGAAGGAUGGGACGGUCACCGCCAAGUCUCGUCAAGACCCUGAGGGCGAGGAAGAGCUCGAGCCGGCGUUCCAGGUGUCCCCUCAGGACCACCCAGGCUCGAGACUCAAUAAUGUGGACGAUUUGAAAACAGCCAUCAAGCAGAUGAACCCCGAUCUCAAGGACAUCGCUCCAAGGCAUAUCGACAUCUACUUGCAAGAAGCUGGAGCGUGGCGACGCAUCAAAGACGAAUCGGAAGUCCUGCGUCGGGACACCACCAGGCUCGACUGCUACGGCUUUUUGCCGUGGCAGCGAACUUGA